AUGGUUUUGAGUAUGUUUAAAUUAACGGGUAGCUCCAAUACCCCAGCACCGAACAAUGAUGCAAAUAUAAUAAGGUCUGCUCUUGGAGCGUAUAGUCAACAUAGUAGAGAUACCUGGUUUUUUACGGAUCCCCGAUUUUUGCAAGGUGUCUUUGUUGGUAUCCUAAUGUUUUAUAUAAUGCUAUACUAUACUCGUAGAUACAAGAAUAAGGUAAAUACUGUAGGAAGUAAUGACUCUUUUGCAUAUGUCACCACACCAAAUCAAAUGCCAUAUCGUGAAACUUAUGAAGGGCAAAUGCAACGUUAG